AUGUGGAAGAGAAGUGACCAUCACCCAAAGAUCAAACCAAAGAAUGGACCUCCGGAUGGCCAGUUCAAUGAACUGUCCUUAACCGAAGAACUGGCCGGUCCCAGCACCGCAGACCCAGAACUCCAAAGCUGCCGGGUGUUCGAAGCUAUUCGCCGUCACGUCAAAGAAUCGGGAGCCCAGCUCGUGAAGAAAGUGAACGCCAUCUUUCAACUGGACAUCACCAAAGACGGAAAGACCUUCAUGCAGUGGACCAUCGAUCUGAAGAAUGGCUCUGGGGAGGUAUACCUUGGCUCCUCCAGGAUUCCAGCGGACACUGUCUUUACCAUCUCGGAGCCUGUGCUGCUGGAGUUGGUCUUUGGCAAGAUGAACCCUCAGAAGGCUUUCCUUGCCGGCAAGUUCAAAGUGAGUGGCAAGGUUCUGCUCAGCCAGAAGCUGGAGAAAGUUUUCAAAGACUGGGCUAAAUUCUAG